CCCGGAAGCCCCGCAGGUAGAGCGGCCAGCGGGGGAAGCCGCUCUUCCUGGGCUUCUCACCAUAGAGUCCGGAGACGCGUCGGAGCCGGAGUCCUCCCCGCGGGCCAUCGCUGGACACCCCCCAGCUCGCGCUCCGCGGGGGGAACCGCUCUGCUCCCCCCUUCAUUAGGCGGACGCGUGACGCGGCGCCGGAAUCGCGCCAGGCUGGGUCGUGAAGGAUGGAGCCCAUGGAGGCAGCCCAGGCCCCGGAGGGGAGGAAGAGAUUCACUGUGCAGUCACAGGACCCUGAACAUACCAUGGUGAGACCCAUCUUCAAAUCUUCUUGCUCUGCAGCAGAGCCGAGAGCCCCUGCCCUGCCUGGGGCCACCUCCUAUGCCGAAUACGUCGUCGCACAGGUGUCUGCGUCCUCGGCCUCCAUGCCAGUCUCCCGGCCUGCCAGGAUGACAGCUGCGUCAUCGGGGUCCAGAGAGGGAGCUGCCUCAGGAGCGCUCCCUCCAGGCACUGAGGCCAGCACUGUACCCCCUGCUGCCAGUGGGGACUCGGACCCCAGCCCCACGCUGAAACUGGGGGCCAAGAGCAACUGCAUUAUCGUCAGCGCUCGCCAGCGGGGGAACCCCAUCCUAAAAUUUGUGCGCAACGUUCCUUGGGAGUUUGGCGAGAUCGUCCCUGACUACGUGCUGGGCCAGAGCACGUGUGCCCUCUUCCUGAGCCUGCGGUACCAUAACCUGAACCCCAACUACAUCCAUGCGCGUCUGCAGCUCCUGGGCAAGACAUACGCAGUGCAGGUGCUGCUGGUGCAGGUCGAUGUGAAGGACCCACACCAGGCACUGAAGGAACUGGCCAAGAUAUGCAUCCUGGCCGACUGCACCCUCAUCCUGGCCUGGAGCCCCGAAGAGGCUGGACGCUACCUGGAAACGUACAAAGCCUACGAGCAGAAACCAGCUGACCUGCUCAAGGAGAAGGUGGAUCAGGACUUCCUGUCCAUAGUGACAGAUUGUCUGACCAGUGUGAAGUCAGUUAACAAGACAGAUGCACUGAGCCUUCUCUCAACAUUUGGGUCUCUGGCGAACAUUGCACAAGCGUCCAAGGAGGAUCUCUCCCUCUGCCCAGGCAUUGGGCCCCAGAAGGCCAAGCGGCUCUUUGACACCCUCCACGAGCCGUUUCUGAAGAUCCCCAAAUGAGUGGAGCACUGCCAGCAGCACAGACAAGCAGGAAUAAACAGCCCCCCGUGCCCAGCAGGCCAUGUGUCCCUGCCAGCACACCAUAUGUUGUCUGCCAGGAAGCCAGGGCCUUGGGGGACCCUUAGCAGCACCAGGAACCAAAGCCCAGCUGUUUCUGCGAGUCUGGACUUUGACAAUAAAACAUGCUGUGCAGCAUCGCAGCUUGGCCUGGCCACCAAACAGCAUCUCA